AUGUAUGCACAGUGGAAGACAACCCCUGACGACGUCGACAAAUCAUGGCAGAUGUACUUUCGAAACUUGGAGGCUCGCACGGUAAGAGUGCAGUCGCCAAGAUUCUCGUCCACCUCUACUUCUGCACAGGAUCUCGGCGACCGGACCAUAGCAGACGUCGGCACGUAUAUAAAUGUGAAAAGCCUCGUUCGGGCAUACGAGACCCUUGGACAUCUCAAGGCCGAUAUUGACCCUCUCGGACAACGCCAUUACUGGACUCCUGCGCCAGAAGUUCCGGAUGAGCUCGAGGUGCAGUCCCACAAGCUCAGGGAAAAAGACCUGGAUGUGGAAAUCGACGUGCGUUCGGCAGGAAUUCUGCCGUAUUUCACGCAGAGCACACGGUCCAGUAUGCCGGUUCGAGAUAUCAUUGCGGCUUGCGAACAAAUAUACUGUGGUACUGUGGCAGCAGAAUUUGCUCACAUUCCCAAUGCUCAACAGCGCGAUUGGAUUCGCCAGCGGACUGAGACACGCCACACAAUCCGGUACUCAGACGGGGAGAUGAAGCUAGUUUUGGAUCGUCUUCUUCGGGCCACACUUUUCGAAACAUUUCUGGCGACAAAAUAUCCAAAUCGGAAGCGAUACGGCUUGGAUGGGAGCGAGACCUUGGUACCCGGAAUCCAAGCAUUGGUGGACACGUCGGUUGAGUGCCACGGGGUGGAGGACUUGAUCAUCGGGUCACAGCACCGUGGUCGCCUAAACCUGAUGGGACACCUCAUGCAAAGGCCAAUGGAAGUCACCUUCUACGAUUUCAUUUCAGAGGGGAAGCCCCAUGACAGCAGUCUUGAUGGUGACGUCCUGACGCACUUGGGAGGGGACUGCGAACGUGAAUAUCCAUCGGGAAGAAUCGCUCGGAUGUCUCUCUUGCCCAAUCCAUCUCACCUGGAGGCUACGAACCCGGUUGCGGCUGGCAAGGCCAAGGCGAUCCAGCAUGACCAAGGGGACAUGGAACAAUCCAAAUCGCUCUUCCUCAACAUCCAUGGCGAUGCUGCCAUUGCGGGUCAAGGUAUUGUGUAUGAAACAAUGACUCUUUCAAAGAUCCCCUCGUUCUCGGUAGGAGGAACAAUCCAUGUGAUCUUGAAUAACCAGGUUGGGUUCACUACAGAUCCCCAGAGCUCAAGGUCCACUACAUACUGCUCCGACCUGGCCAAGACGAUAAAUGCGCCCAUAAUACACGUCAACGGCGAUGAUGUGGAGGCUGUGGUAUUUGCCUGCAAACUUGCGGCAGAUUGGAGAGCUCAAUUCAAGACGGAUGUCUUUGUGGACCUCGUCUGCUACCGGAAAUAUGGGCACAAUGAGAUAGACCAGCCAAAGCUCACUCAACCUUUCAUGUACGACAAGAUUGCGCAGAAGCUUCCGGCAGUCGACACUUACAUCCAAAAGCUGAUUCGAGACAAAGUCUUGUCGAAGGAGGAGAUCCAGGAACGCAAAGCCCAGAUCUGGGAAACCUUGUCGCAUCAGCACGAAUUGAGCAAGGACUUCCAGCCAGACAAGGUUGUCGCUGCCUCCGCAUCUGGUCAUAACGAGGCUACAUCAGCACAAACACAGAUUUCAGCCCAGACGAGGAUGGUCUUCGAUUCGGAGCAACUGAAAAUGGUCGUGGAUAAGAGCAUCACGGUGCCCGAGAACUUCACCCUGCAUUCCACUGUCAAAAGAGCCUUUAAUGCUCGACAAAAGUCGGUGUCGGAAGGCGAAGUCGACUGGCCCACCGCAGAAGCUCUGGCCUUUGGCACACUCUGCCUGGAGGGCCAUCAUGUCAGAAUCUCUGGGGAAGACGUUGAAAGAGGAACAUUCUCUCAGAGGCAUGCUGUGGUUCACAACCAGCUUUGGAAACCCGGUGAUGAUUUUGCGGAUGCACGGAGAUGGACGCCACUCGACCAUCUCAGCCCAGAUCAGGCGAGAUUUCACGCCUGUAACUCACCCUUGAGCGAGUUCGGGGUGCUAGGCUUUGAGUACGGAUACUCUCUUGGCUCACCUGACAGCCUGGUGAUGUGGGAAGCUCAAUUUGGCGACUUCGCGAACAAUGCCCAGGUAGUUAUCGAUCAGUUCAUCGCUGGAGGAGCCACCAAAUGGGGUCAGCACUCGGGGCUCGUCCUAUCCCUGCCGCAUGGCUAUGAUGGACAAGGACCGGAGCAUUCGUCGGCCCGCAUUGAAAGGUUUCUGCAGCUGUGCAACGAUGAUCCUCGUGCAUACCCAUCGACUGAGCAGGUGGAGCAGAACCUCGAGCGAGGCUGCAAUAUGCGAGUCGCUUAUCCCACCACGCCUGCAAACCUGUUUCAUCUUCUCAGGCGGCAGAUCCAUGGACACUCCAGGAAACCGCUCGUCAUGUUCUUCUCCAAGUCUCUCCUCAGGCAUCCGUUCACUCGAUCCCCAAUUGAAGACUUUGUGGGCGAGUCCCGUUUUCGGUCAGUCAUACAUGACUCGGUCAGCCCAGCGGCGGUCCGCAGCAUCAUUCUCUGCUCUGGUCAAAUCUACGCUGCUCUUCAGAAGCAUCGCAUGCAGAGUCAGAUCGAUGAUGAUGUAGCCUUGGUCCGAUUAGAGAAGCUUCAUCCUUUCCCUUGGUCAGCAGUGACGACGAUGCUGGACACGUACCAUGGUGCAGACGGUGUAAUCUGGUGUCAGGAGGAGCCCAUGAACGGUGGAGCGUGGUCAUACGUGCAGCCCAGGCUUCAAGCAGCUCUGGCGCACUCAAAGCAUCACCAGCAGCUCGCCGGAGGCCGGGGGGUCGACGGCGAAAUGCUUAUUGACUUUAGUGACAGAGAUGGCCUUACCCGCGGGAGUGCGGGAUUACGAACAGGUUCAGGCCCUUAUGACGACUCCAGUGAUAACAUCAUCAAGGACCUAGUCAUCAUCAGCCCAUAUGAAGCACAGAUGCUUAAGCCAGACGUAAGGCGUUCGAGGAGAGUAACACUGCACAUUGAUACCCCGCGGCCUAACAUCGGUAUCCGCCCGUUGGAUCGAUUGGAUUUGUACAAUGUUUCGGGAAUGGCGGUAUCACCGAACCUACCGACCCAUUUCGUUACUCAGUUUAAUCUGUUUGCAGGGCAGCUCUAUCUGAGCACCUUUAGAGAAUAUGUCGAGGUUUGUAGCACCCUCGGCCUCACCUGGCAGAAGGCCGAAAACGGCAGCUCCAUGGCCGCUGAUGGCUUUAUCAUAUGGAAUUCCAACGGCCACAGACCUACCAUAUCUCGCUUUAGUGAAAGUCCAGUCGCAUUCCGACGAUAUUAUCACAACAUCAAACCCAACCAUGGGCCGUCUCAGUCUUCUUCGUCCUUCACUAUUCUUCCAAGUUACCCCCAACACUUCUCAAGGGUCUGA